AUGGAUUGCGACGUGCUAUACAAAGUUGUUGUUAUUGGUGAUUCCGGUGUUGGAAAAUCUAACCUCAUCACCAGAUUUACUCAAAACAAAUUCACAAAGGAUACUAAACCAACCAUAGGAGUUGAGUUUGGCGCCAAGUCAAUUGAAUAUGAUGGUGUCACUAUCAAGGGACAAAUUUGGGACACUGCUGGUCAGGAACGAUUUAGAGCAAUUUCUGCUGCUUACUACAGAGGUGCUAACGGAGCUCUCAUUGUUUAUGACAUUACCAACCAAGAAAGCUUUGACAACUUGGAAAAGUGGUUCAAGGAAAUUGAAAACCAAGGUGAAAACGGAUGUAUCAAUAUCUUGAUUGGAAAUAAGUGUGACUUGAAUCAUUUGAGACAAGUUGAAACUGCAACAGGAAGAGCUUUUGCUGAGAAACAUAAUGUUCCUUUCAUGGAAACUUCUGCUUUGGAUUCAACAAAUGUCGAUGAAGCUUUUACAACUCUUUUGAAGGAAAUUUACAAGACACAAAGCCGAAAGAAUAAGAAGACAGACGAGUCCACUGGUGACGUACCAAUUGGCCCAACUGAUAAAGUUAUUAUUGACGAUACCAAUGAUGACAAAAAACCAGGAACAAAACCACAACAAGGAGGCAGUGGCGGUGGUUGUGCUUGUUAA